GCUCCAUCACGUAAAGGUCGCGUUAUGAGAUGAGGCGGUUCGCCAGGUCUGGCUCCGCUCGGAUUGUGUCAAAAUAUGUCUGCCCAGAAUGCCGAUGGGUCUCGACGCUGGCCGCGCCCUUGCCUAGAUGGAGAGAGGCUCCAUCUGUGCCGCAGAGACUAAAGCUGGGGACCAAAGUGCUCUCGCGAGGGGCGAAGAGAAAGACCACAGUGACAAUUAAAUCUAUCCCGCAAGGUGCGCUGCCUGCUGGAAGCGCUAAAACCGACGAUAGCGACUCAGAAUCGGGAUAUUCGAUCACUAUUCAGCAGCAUCUCAACAACAUGCGCAAGUAUCCGGACUGCGUAAUCUUGACCAAGCUCGGCAACUUCUACGAGAUGUAUUUCGAGCAGGCCCAAGAAUUUGCUCCUUUGCUCAACCUAAAACUGGCGAAAAAGCCAACAGUCAAAAGUCCCGAGGGUUUCGUGUACAUGGCUGGCUUCCCCCUCCAUCAGAUGGACAGGUAUCUGAAGAUUUUGGUCAACGAUCUGGGAAAGCACGUUGCCAUAACGAAGGAGAUCAAAAACGAUGAUGCCGAGCGCAUCAGGAACAAUGGGAACAUGUUUGAUCGGAAGGUUGUGAGGAUUAUCACCCCGGGCACGCUGAUUGACGAAAAGUUCAUGGAUCCUUGGGUGAACAACUUUUUGCUAAGCAUACACGUCGAUUCAAAUGCUCGUGAUGUCGGGCUGGCAUGGAUUGAUUUGUCAAGCGGUGAUUUUUUUACGCAAAGAACCGAGAUAGAUGCUCUGGCUUCAACCAUCGCAAGGAUAGGCCCGCGGGAGGUUCUGCUUGAUCAGUCGUUCGAAACAGCGAAGAAAUCACCGCUCAUGGACAUUGUUCGGCAAGGCCAUCACAGCAUCUCCUAUACGACUGCCGAAACCUCACCAGAUCCGUCGAACAAGUGGCUGAGCGUAUUUCAACCGACGGGUUCAGAGCUCGAGUCACGUCAGUUUUCGGAUAUUGAAGUCGCCGCGGGCAGCAUGCUAUUGAAAUACGUCAAUGACACUCAAUUGGAACAACUCGAGAAAGAAGGUGUGCAGCUACAGAAUCCAGUGCACCGCAGUGAAAACGAAUUUAUGAUGAUCGACAAACACAGUCUACGCGCACUCGAGAUUACGAAGACUAUGCGAGAGGAUGGAUUCAAAGGUAGUCUGAUGCAGACAGUCAAACGAACAGCGACACCCAGUGGUACAAGGAUGUUGAGCCAGCGUCUACAGGCACCAUCUAUGUCGCUUGAGGAGAUUAACGAACGUCUGGAUCUUGUUCAAGAAAUGAUCGAAUAUCCGGUUCUCCGUGAAGAGACUGUCACUUUACUUAAGGGCUCGUUUGACUCACGUCGCUUGGCCUCAGGAUUUGCCUUUGGAAGAGGCAAUGCGGAUGAUCUACUUCGCUUGGCGAAGACAAUUGAUAUCACUUCGGAGCUUGCUCAGAAGCUUACUGAACAUGUUCAAAAUAACGCUGAUGAAGGAAAGUGUUCGAGCUUGCCACAAACAACGCAACCGGGAAAGGCACGCGUCGGACAGCUGGUUAAGUCAUUGUGUCUCAAAGAACCGCGACAACUCGCGGCGCGCAUAAAAGAGGCAAUUGACGAGGAGAGGCUACAAGUAAUGCAUCAGCUAGAAGAUCAAAAGGCAGCAGAGAUGCUUGCGGUUGCAGACGACAUGCUCGAGGAAGCUGGCGAGGAAAAACUGAAGGGUCUGCCGAAAAGGGUGAGGAAAGCUGCUUCUGCGGCGCCGGAUAGAGAUCUCGAUGUACCAACAGACUUGUGGAUAAUGAGGCGCAGCGCAAGUGCAAAACUUACUACUUUGCACAAAGAACUAGACAACUUGAUGAACGAAAAGGACCAGCUUGAAGCUGAAUGGCGACAGAAGACUGGGACCAAGAAGCUCUCGCUCAGAUGGCUACAGCCUCACGGCCACGUUGUCCACAUUUCAGGGGCAAAAGACUCCCUGCUUGACUUCUCGAUGCUUGGUAAGAUAACGCACGCUAAAUCGAGUAGUUCGACGAGGUCAUUCUAUCAUCAGGACUGGACUUUACUGGGCAGUAAAAUCGAGAAGUUCAAAGAUCUGAUUAGGGAGGAGGAACAACGCGUCUUCGACCUGCUCCGGAAACUAGUUGUGAAGAACAUUGUCAAUCUGCGCAAGAACGCAGCCGUUCUUGACGAACUAGAUGUGGCCUGUAGUUUCGCCACUCUUGCUAUAGAGAAGAAUUGGGUUCGUCCAUUGCUCAACAAUGGCAACCGCCAUUAUGUCCGUGGCGGACGGCACCCCACGGUCGAGGCUGGAUUGAUCGAGCAAGGCAAAAGCUUCACGAAGAAUGACUGCAUUGUUGGUGGCGAUUCUAGGAUCCUGCUAAUCACUGGGCCAAACAUGGGCGGCAAAAGCACGUUUUUGCGACAGAACGCCUUGCUGUCUAUACUUGCACAAACAGGUUCAUAUGUUCCUGCAGAGUAUGCUGAGAUCGGUCUCGUGGACAAGAUCUUCAGCCGAGUCGGCUCGGCGGACAACCUCUAUCAAGACCAGUCAACCUUCAUGGUCGAGAUGCUGGAGACUGCUGAAAUUCUGAAGCAAGCUACGCCCAAAUCAUUUGUCAUCAUGGAUGAGGUGGGACGAGGCACCACACCUGAGGAUGGUAUUGCAGUAGGCUUUGCCUCGCUGUACCACUUGUACCAUGUCAAUCAGAGUAGAGCCUUAUUUGCCACACACUUCCACGUACUAGCCGAUAUGACGAGGGACUUCGAGCACCUAGCUUGCUACUGCACGGAUGUAGCAGAACACUUGGAUGGGUCGUUUUCAUACGUCCACAAGCUGAGACAGGGUAUCAAUCGCAAUCCACAUGCUCUCAAGGUUGCGAGAUUAGCUGGCAUGCCAGAAGACGCUAUCGCGGUCGCUUCAAAAGUGCUCGAGCAAAUCAAGGUCUCUAACUCGACCGCAUUGAGCGAUGAAUCUAUAUCUAGAGACAAAGCUCAGCAGAAGCUAGUAGCCUCCGGUUGAAACAUGAAUACAAAUUUACAAGCUUUGACCACAUAUGUGUCGUGUCCAAAAGCCGAACAAGAACUCAAAAGUGGACAGUUGGAUAAGCUAAAGGUACUCCGAGACAUCCAAUGCUCUACAACUUGGGAGGACUUGAAUCGUCUUUGAAUCUCACCAGACCGUCUUGUAUCGUCGUGGCCAGAUGGACUCCAGUUUCCGGGUCCCAGAUCCUGCUUCUGUGCAGCCC